AUGGCUGAAAUAUCUCUUGAAUUGCAAUUGAGAACUUCCAGCCCCCCCGCGCCCGAGCCUACUCUUCGAGCUCGUCAUCGUCGGUUUUUUGAAAGCAAGAGAAGAGAAAACCGAAGCAUCGAAGAAAGAGGCCAUCAUAAACACAAAUUGAACAAGAACGGGACUUUCGACACAAGUGAUAGUAGUGAUGAUGGGGGCGCCUCUAAAGCGCGUGUUCCUCGUCCGCUUCCCCCAGGCGCAACGCCAACAUUAGCAGCAACAACCUCUUCACCUGUAGGUACCUUGUAAUUCUGAAUAUUCUGUCAUUUUCUUGCUAUCAAUAGGCUCGCUUGGCUCCUCCGAAGCCCCCACAAUCGUGGGUAACUUCAACCUUAGCAUCUAUACCAACAACUUCGUUGCCAAUACCUACGGUAGGUUUUGGCAAUACUACUCGUUGACAGGAGAAACUAAUUCCACCCCAAAGCGUCCUCCUAUUACCAAUGAAACUCCUGCAGCCCGGCUAGCUGACCAAAAAGCCGCUCCAACUGUACCACCUCCGCAAGUAUCAAAGACUCCAGUGGCCGCCCCUCAACCAACACCCUUUCCAACAUCAUCAGAUACCCCAAAUGUCUCCGGAAUCCCCACAAAUAUCGGGGGGCUUGGGGGUCCAGGUAUAAAUGGGUUUACACGCCACGCGUCAUCAGGUUCUACGAUAUCAGGCGGUAUGGUUACGGGAAUAGUUUCAGGGGUUGUUGGUAUGUAAUUCUCCCCUAUCAAAUCAUUCAAUAUUAACAAACUACAGGACUCAUCAUUGCUGCUGUACUUGCUAUUAUUUUCAUAAGAAAACGUCGUCUUCGUCACCUAAGCUACCCACGUGGUGCUCUACCACCCAUGAGUCAAGCGAGUAGUGGGAAACCGCCUUCGGUUAUUACCAGAGCUAGGCAACGCGCUGAAAGUAUACUGUGGGGGAGUCAAGCAACUGUUGGUGUAUGAUCUCUCUCUCCUUCUCUCCUUCUCUCCUUCUCAUCAAAUUUCGUUUUCAAAAAUGCUGACAAUUCCUUCUAGACCCGAACAGAGGCUAUUUCCCAGCGUCAACCAUUCCAGCGUCCAUGAAACCAGGUGGAAAACACAACAAAGACGGACUUAACCUGCUCACCCCUCCACUCAGGUAUCCAGAUCCAACCCGGAAUCCAACACCAAAUCUCCAUCGACAUUCAGGAUCCACCGAGUGGGAUAGGUUCACUAGAACAACUAGUCUUCGGUCGCCAGGUCCCCCCAUACAAUCGAUUUCUGGUAUGACGCCGCCUUUUAGAAAUGUUGAUUCUUGAGUUGCAAGGGGAAAUGGUGGUGGGGAACUGGAACCAAGGGGUCCUUACGCCAGGUUGAAUUGAGUUGUUAUAAUAGAGCAUGGAGCAAUCUAGUUGUGGAGUACGUUCAUUACAUUCCCUUUUGAGGUGCU